AACGGGCGCGCAUGCGCAUUCGAAAGAAAAUUCGGGCAAUCGAUCUGGAGUAUCUGACAAGUGUAUUUUGAGUAUCUAUUAUCGUGGCACAUUUCUAUUCAGAGCAACCGCGCCCACCUCAUCCUGUGAAAAAUGCGAUUUCUAGAGGGAAUAGUUCUUUGGUUGUGUUUUCUUCACACCUCUUGGGCCCAAUUAUUAGUGGACUUGGUUCGUGACUUUGAGACUUCAUUGCUGAAUACAAGAAUUCCGGACACAACCCGCUUUCUGCCGGAAUAUGAUUUUAUAAUAAUUGGAGCCGGCAGCGGAGGAUGUGUCCUGGCCAAUCGACUAAGUGAGAUUUCUUCGGCGAGUGUUCUUUUGUUGGAGGCCGGUGACCAGGAGACCUUCAUUAGCGAUGUCCCCCUAACGGCGGCUCUCACACAAAUGACAAGAUACAACUGGGGCUAUAAGGCGGAUCCCACUCCGAACGCUUGUCAGGGUCUCAAGGGGGGCGUGUGCAACUGGCCCAAGGGGCGAGGUGUGGGCGGCACUAGUCUGAUCAAUUUUAUGCUGUACACCCGCGGUCAUAGGCGGGACUACGAUGAGUGGGCGGCGAACAAUAAUACUGGUUGGUCGUACGACGAGGUGUUGCCAUACUUCCGGAAAUCCGAGAGGGUUGGAAUUCCAGAGCUCUACAAGUCGCCCUAUCAUGGCCGCAAUGGACCACUGGAUGUCCAAUAUACAGACUACAGAUCGCAGUUACUGAAGGCCUUCCUCAAAUCAGGCCGGGAUCUGGGCUACGACAUUACGGAUCCGAAUGGAGAGCACUUGAUGGGCUUCGCUCGUUCUCAGGCCACCAUCCGGAACGGUAGGCGCUGUAGCACCAGUAAGGCAUUUAUACAGCCGGUGGUACACCGCAAGAAUCUUCACAUUUCCAUGAAGAGUUGGGUCACCAAACUGAUCAUAGACCCGGUGACAAAAGUAACCACUGGCGUGGAGUUCAUUAAGCAGCGGCAACGGUACGUGGUUGGUGUCAGGAAGGAGGUGAUUCUCUCCGCUGGAACCAUUGCCAGCCCCCAGCUGCUGAUGUUGUCUGGAGUCGGCCCGGCUGAUCAUUUGCGGGAUCUUAACAUCUCUGUGGUGCAGGAUCUUCCAGUUGGGCACAAUCUUCAGGAUCACAUAACACUCAAUGGGCUGGUUUUCGUGGUUAACGAUUCCACUGUCAAUGAUGCCCGUUUAUUGAAUCCCUCGGACAUCUUUCGGUAUAUCUUUGCCGGUCAGGGUCCUUAUACGAUUCCGGGAGGAGCUGAGGCCUUUGCUUUUGUCCGAACACCCAGCUCUAGUUUUGCCAAGGACUAUCCGGACAUGGAGCUUGUAUUGGGAGCAGGAUCCUUGAGCGGAGACCGCUUUGGCACUAUGCGAAAUCUUUUAGGCAUUACGGAUGAAUUCUAUGACACCAUGUUUGGGGAUUUACAAAAUAAGGAGACUUUCGGGCUUGUCCCUGUCCUUCUACGCCCCAAAAGUCGCGGACGCAUUUCUCUACGGAGUCGCAAUCCCUUCCACUGGCCGCGAAUGGAACCCAACUUCAUGCAGCACCCUGACGAUAUAAGGGCUAUGAUUGAGGGAAUUGAAAUGAUCCUUCAGCUGGCCAAAUCCAAACCAAUGGUGAAGAUGGGCACUCAUUUUCACGCUCGCCCGUUUCCUGGAUGCGAACAUCUUAAGUUUGGCAGCGAGGAGUACUGGAAGUGCUGUUUACGGCGUUACGGAUCCAGUUUGCAGCAUCAAUCGGGCACCUGUAAGAUGGGACCCCCGACGGACCCCUCAUCCGUGGUGGAUUCCGAACUCAGGGUCCACGGCAUUAGCCGUCUACGGGUGGUGGACGCCUCCGUAAUGCCGAAUGUUCCAGCUGGACAUACGAAUGCCAUUGUGAUAAUGAUUGCCGAAAAGGCCUCAGAUAUGAUCAAGAAUGCGUGGCGCAUGAAAACGACUCCAUUGGGCUCAUAAAAUAAUAUAUAAGUUUUUAAUUUAUUUUUGUUAGUCUCGUGUUUAGAUAGUAGAUUAGG